GUUAUUUCUUUCCCUUAUUUCUGGUCACCCUGUCUUUUUCAAAGGCCCUAAUUGUCUUCAUUCCCCCGAACUCGUCCCUAUUCUUAUGUAUUGUCGAGAUGCCUCAAAGCAUGCUCGGUCAAGCGGUCACUUCAGUCAGCGAGGCCCCUCCAACUACGGAGUUUCAAGAAGCAAAGAAACAGGCCCAGCAUGGCGUGCAGGUUGCAGAAGCGGUGACUAUGUCAUGGUCCAAAAGGUCAUUGAUUCUGGUGUAUAUCUGCAUGUGGUUGAUAUACUUUGUACGCGCUUUGAAUGGAAGCUUGACGGCAAAUUUGUCACCAUAUAUUACUAGUGAUUUUCACGGGCACUCUCUACUGACGGUGAUCGAGAUUAUUACCAAUGUUAUGAGUGCCGCGUGUACAAUGCCAAUUGCCAAGAUAUUAAACAUUUGGGAUCGCGUGGUCGCAUUGACCUCGAUGCUGUUUAUCGCGAUGAUUGGCCUCAUCCUGAUGGCAUGUUGCCAUAACAUUUCGACCUAUUGUGUGGCACAGGCAUUCGUGACAGUGGGAUUUACGGGCCUGAUCUUCUGCGUAGACGUGUUGACGGCGGACACGUCUAAAGUGCAGGACCGAGCUCUUGCAUUUGCUUUUACCUCAUCGCCGUAUAUCAUCAUGGCAUUUGCAGGCGCUCCACUGUCAGAAUCCUUCAACAAGACGAACUGGCGCUGGGCAUAUGGCACAAUUGCAAUCCUCCUACCGAUUGUGACAAUGCCGCUGGUUGUUAUCUGGUUACUGGCUCGAAAAAAAGCCCAGCAGGUAAAAGACCUGGGUCGUCCCUUUAACCAAAAAACCUGGACCCAGAGUAUCAAGCAUCUUAUUGUUGAAUUUGAUAUGCUUGGCAUAUUACUCCUCACUGCUGGCCUCUCCCUCUUUCUAUUGGCGUUCGUCCUGGCGGGUUCGCAGGAAGGCACAUGGCACUCCACGAGAAUAAUAUGCAUGAUUGUGAUAGGCGGUGUUGCUAUUGGAGCAUUCGUGAUUUAUGAACGAUUCUUUGCUACAAUGCCGUUCAUCCCUUACCAUCUCCUCGUUUCACGAACAAUUGUUGGUACUUGCCUUCUGAACUUUACCUACAUUAUUGCUGCAAGUUGUUGGGGCACAUACUUUACAUCCUUCCUGCAGGUUGUAUAUAAUGUGACUCUCAUGCAAGCAGGUUAUAUAACAGCGAUCGCAAAUCUAAUAUCUCCUCUCUGGUUGAUUGGGGUUGGUUGGUUGGUUCAUAUUACAGGGCGCUUCAAGUGGCUACUCCUAUGUGCAAUCCCGAUCUACAUGCUUGCAAUAGGUUUGAUGAUCUAUUUCCGGACCCCCGGCCAUAGUAUUGGUUACAUGUGCAUGUGUGAGGUGUUUCUAGGGUUCGGUACUGGUACCAUCAUUGCCCUUGAACAGACAGCAGUCCUAGCAGCAUCCGAACAUGACAAUUAUGCAUCAACGCUAGCACUGCUUGGUCUGAGCGGAAGUAUUGGUGGUGCUAUUGGCAAUAGUAUCUCUGGCGCCAUAUGGACGAACACCCUACCCAACAAACUCCAGGAAUUGUUACCAGACGAGACAAAGCCACGAUGGAACGAGAUCUAUGAGUCGCUACCGGUGCAACUGAGCUUCGAGACUGGAUCGACAACUCGUAUUGCUAUUGAACGCGCAUAUGCCAUUGCCCAACGGAAUAUGCUCGUAGCCGGUAUCUCGAUUAUGGCAGUGACAGUCGUGUGGGUGCUGCUAAUCAAAGACAUCCGGCUUAAAGAGAGGAACGAUACGAAGGGGUUGCUUUUCUAGUUUUUAUUUUGUGGUCGGUCUGUGUUGUUGCUCAAACAGCACUCCCGUUUAUUAGUUGCAUUAAACUGCUGAUGCAGCCACGAAAGCGCUUGCAAAAAAUGAGUUCCAGAUCUUUGUUGAGCUGCUUGGAAGUGUAUGCCGAAUGAUUCGCUUGAUUUGAUAUUGAUAUCUCUGGAUGGGUUGGAUUAGGAUCUGUGAGGAGGAUGUUGGAUGCCUAUUUGUGCUUGAUUAAUCAGACAUCCAUGAAAGAGAUCAUGUUUGCCUUAGAUUAGAUAACUAAUAGCUCCCUCUCCCUCUCCCUCCCUCUCUCCUCUUCUCCUCUCCGUCCACUUUGCCGCCUAGGAAUCGAGCAUGCUGUUUUCAAGAGCUCGGUCCUGCACUUUAGACGUGUCCAAAAUCUCCAUUUGUAGUACGAUUUCAAGACUGUGUAUCC